AAUAAAAUGUUAUUAUUAAAUUUUUCAGUUAUUUAAAAAAAAAUUAUUUUAUUUACGAAUCAAAUCGGAUAUUCUUUAAAAUUUUAAAUAAUUUCGGAUAUUAGAGUCACUGAUCCAGUGGCAAAAUAUUGAAUCAACAUGAAUGCUUCCAAAUAUUCGGAUAUUCGAUUUGUGUCCACGUCUAUUUAUGAAUACAAUUUAUUUUCUUUAUAUGAAAAAAAUUCACUAAUGUCAAGGCCGUUUUAAUUUUUAAUUUUUAAUUAAUUUUAAUUUUAUCUUUCAUGUAUUAUUUUAAAUAAAAAUAUCAUUUAAUAUUAAUUAACAAUAUAUUUAUAUAUUUGUCAACUAUUUUUAUAUACUUUUACAUACACAUAAAUGUGCACCUUGACGUGAACACCUUGCAACUAAGUAUUUACCACAACUGAAGUAUCUAUUUUAUUUUUUGGAAGUUGGAAUAUAUAUUGUUUUUCUUAAUGCUUCUUUCACUACCGACCAAAUUGUAGUGAAAUAAUUUGUCUUAAUAAUUUUCUUUUUUUUCUUGAACUAUUAUCCGUUUACAAACUAUGAUAUGAAACCUUGGUUCGACAUGACGACUAUCUAAAAUUGAUAACAUGAAAGAAAUAAUAGUAAUGUUUGGUUUUAACCGAAAAAACUAAAAAAUCAAAUAUUCUAACCGAAUAAACCAAAAUAUGUAUUAAUUUAAAAUAAUAGUUAUAUUUUAGCAGAUUAAAAACCAAAAACUAACUUAAAACCGAACCGAUAUUCAGAUUAAACAUAUUUAAUGUGUUUUUAUUAAAAAAUAACGAAACUAAUAAUCACAUCCCGCGCAAGGCGCAGGUUAUUACCUAGUGAUUAGUAAAAGAGUCUCUUAAUAAAAUACUAACCCAAUCAUAUGACCCAAAUUAAGUUUAUUUUUCAACGCGCUCUCUCUAUCUCUUUCUCUCUCUCUCUAGUCUCGCCCAUGGAUCUUCUUCGUCAGAGCUUGGGUUGUCUUUUGAUCGUUGCGUUAUUGUCUCCUACAGCACUAUCAAUGCAGUUCGAGCUUCGUUCUGGCCAGAUGAAAUGCAUAUCGGAGGAUAUUCACGAAAAAUCCAUCAGCGUUGGCAAAUACUUCGUCGUGAACCCUAACGAAGAUCAUCCUCUUCCUGAUUCUCACAAAAUCACCGCCAAGAUGGUGUCGCCAAAAUGGAAUACGCUGCACGAAGCGGUUAAGGUGGAGGCUGGAGAGUUCUCGUUUACUGCGUUUGAAACCGGUGAUUACUUUACGUGCAUCUCCGCCGUUGAUCAUAAGCCGGAGACGACAUUGACCAUUGAUUUUGUUUGGAUGUCUGGUGUUCACUCUGCUGCUUCCAAGGAUUGGUCUAAAGUGCCAAAGAGGAGCCAAGUCAAAAUGAUAGAGUUGUCGGUUAAGAGGUUAUUCGACACUGUUGAGUCCAUCCACGAUGAGAUGUAUUAUCUUCGUGAUAGGGAAGCAGAAAUGCAAGAGUUGAAUAGAUCCACAAAUUCUAAAAUGGCGUGGUUUAGUUUCUUGUCGCUCGGGGUUUGUUUAUCGGUAGCUGGUUUACAGUUUUGGCACUUGAAAUCUUUCUUCGAGAAAAAGAAACUCAUCUAAGUUGUAUACACAUACUCAUACUGUGUUAAGACUAAAUAUCAUUAUAAAAUCUAUAUAACUUUAAGGU